AUGCUACUGUCGAAAGAGCUACAAAGAGAUGCCGAUCUGAUAUUGAACACGUUGACAGGUGAGAAGCACGUUGAAAAUCAGAUCCCCAAGAAUGUCUACUACGCUAUAAAAAGGCUGUGGACAGAUGCUACCGUGCAAGAAGCCUACAAUCGGAGGAGCGAGUACCAUGUGAUAGACUGUGCUAAAUAGUACGUUACUUUUAUAUUCUUAAAUAGGAUUUUAUUUUUUUAAUUAAUUUUUUUUAAGAUUUUGGUUUAAAUUUAUUAAUAUUUUAGUUUUCUGGACGACAUUAAGCCAUGUCAGAAGAGCGCGUAA